ACCCUAACCCAAAAGAAAAGGGUAUAAACGAUGUCAUUUUAUACACCACGUAAAGCCUCUUCUUUUCUUCAGGUUCUCCAGCCCAUAGUUUCUUGAUUUCUGGAAACCCAAAAACCCUCCCAGUUCAAAAUCAACCCCCCAAAACUCAACCUUGCAGUCUCUGAAACAUCCUUUCUCAAUCAGGGCGGUGCACCUUGCUCUUGAACCAGUGAUCAUAUCAUUAGUGGCAUAUGAAGGCACUUGGAUCAAUGGUCAUCUGAUUUAACGAAUAAGGCCAUGCAUUUUAAGAUAUGUACAGCAUGAUGCAAAUUAUUUAUGCAUUUUAAGUUAUGCCCAGUAUGAUGCAAAUUAUUUUGAGUCCCUCUUGCAGUGAUAUCUUUUGGUCCUUUGCGGCAAUGGGUGGGCUGCCUUUGCAAAAUGCUUCCUCAACCUUUGCUCUGCCAGGAUCAGGGCAAAAUAAGGGUUCAGCAAACUCAACAUCUGUACCAGAAUCAAAGCCAAAGAAGAAGAUUUGCUGUGCCUGCCCUGAAACCAAGAAGCUGAGAGAUGAAUGCAUUGUGGAGCAUGGUGAAACUGCUUGCACAAAAUGGAUUGAUGCUCAUCGUCAGUGCCUUCGAGCUGAAGGUUUUAACGUUUGAGAUCGAUUCAAAUGGUUAAGUUGAUGACUUAUGUAUUUUGGGCCCUAGGAUACCUGCUUUUUGGGACUAUACAUACCAAAAUAGUUGAGGAAUAAAAUAAGAAACAGGCUGUUUUUUCUUGAUAACUUGUGUUUUGACUUGUGCAUUUUAUUGAAAAUAUGAGGCAGUCUUCACAAUUCAAAGUAGAAGAGAGCACAUGAUUUGACUGUAAUAUUUGGUUGUCUUACUUUUGUGGGUGGUGAUCUUCUAAUGUAUUCUUGAGUUGCCAUUGUGCA